AUGGCCGACGCACUUGCUGCACAACUCGGCAAUACCAAGCUAGGCGAAGUUCCUACCGAGCAGAGGCUACAGGACACAUUGAAUCUCCCCCCGAAAGAUGCCAGACCACAAACUGAGGAUGUCACCGCCACAAAAGGCCUCGAAUUUGAAGAUUUCUAUAUCAAGCGCGAGCUCAUGAUGGGGAUCUUUGAGGCUGGAUUUGAAAAGCCCUCUCCUAUUCAAGAAGAGACGAUACCCGUUGCCCUCACGGGAAGAGACAUAUUGGCACGGGCCAAAAACGGUACCGGAAAGACCGCUGCUUUCGUUAUCCCCACCCUGGAGCGCAUCAAUCCUAAAAGCACCAAGACCCAAGCUUUGAUCCUGGUUCCCACACGAGAGCUCGCCCUUCAGACAUCACAGGUCUGCAAGACCCUUGGAAAGCACCUCGGCAUCAACGUCAUGGUCACCACCGGUGGAACUGGCUUGAUGGAUGAUAUUAUCCGAUUGAAUGAUGCAGUUCAUAUUCUCGUGGGAACCCCCGGACGGGUACUGGACUUGGCCAGCAAGGGCGUCGCCGACUUGUCCGAAUGCCCGACCUUUGUGAUGGAUGAGGCCGACAAAUUGUUGUCUCCUGAGUUCACCCCCGUCAUUGAGCAACUCUUGUCGUUCCACCCGAAAGACCGUCAGGCCAUGCUCUUCAGUGCCACUUUCCCCCUCAUUGUCAAAUCAUUCAAGGACAAGCACAUGCGCAACCCAUACGAGAUCAAUCUCAUGGACGAACUCACUCUGCGCGGUAUCACUCAGUACUACGCAUUUGUUGAGGAGAAACAAAAGGUUCAUUGCCUGAACACUCUUUUCUCCAAACUCCAGAUCAACCAGUCCAUUAUCUUCUGCAACUCGACCAACCGGGUUGAAUUGCUUGCGAAGAAGAUUACUGAGCUUGGUUACUCAUGCUUUUACUCCCAUGCUCGGAUGCUUCAGCAGCACCGCAACCGAGUGUUCCACGAUUUCAGAAAUGGCGUGUGUCGCAAUUUGGUUUGCUCUGACUUGUUGACUCGCGGUAUCGAUAUUCAGGCAGUCAACGUUGUCAUCAACUUCGACUUCCCAAAGAACGCUGAAACCUACCUCCACCGUAUUGGUCGUUCGGGCCGUUUCGGACACUUGGGUCUUGCCAUCAACCUCAUUAACUGGGAAGAUCGGUUCAAUCUGUACAAGAUCGAACAAGAACUAGGCACAGAGAUUCAGCCUAUCCCUCAGAACAUCGACAAGAAGCUCUACGUGUACGACUCCCCUGAGAACAUUCCUCGCCCAAUCUCCAACCCCCCGCCUCAGACCGGAGCUGGAUCUGUGAACAUGGCCAACGGAGACCGUCAGCCCCGCCGCCAAAACAACCACCCGAACAACGGGCAAUUCUACAACAACAACAACAACCGAGGACGAGGCUCUUAUCGUGGCGGCCGUGGCCAAGGUCAGCGCCGUGGGCAACACAACAGCGAUCCCAACAGAAUGACUUUUGGUCAAGGUCAAAUGGGCGGUCAAACUCAAGCGCCAAUUUCCUAA